UUUCGCCUGCACUGCUCGAGUCAGAAGAUUAUGACACAGAUCUGGAGUUUGAGGACAUAGCAAAGGACAGUACGAAAAAAGAUUUGAGUGAGAUGUACAUAAAAGCGUGCCAGCAGGAGGGCAUUGUACCUGUCUCGUAUUUUAUCCGUCAUAUAAAUGACACUCAUAUGCAACUGAGUCACCACGGAUUAGGGCCCAAAGGCACAAGUGCGAUUGCCAUUUCAUUGAAGUCUAACACUAGCAUAACUCACCUGAGCUUGGAGGACAACUGGAUAAUGGAAGAGGGAAUAGUGCACCUGAUGGAAAUGAUGAGAGAAAACUGCUAUAUACAGGAUCUGAAUCUUUCCCACAAUCACUUGGGUGUGCAAGGCUCUCAAAUCAUUGCCGUUAUGUUACUGGAAAACGUCUCCUUGCAACGAAUCAACCUUGCACAGAAUGAAUUUAAAGAUGAAUCUGCAAAGCAUUUUGCUGAGGCUUUCUCGGCCAAUUUCCGAGUAAGUGAGCUGAACUUGAGUCACAAUGAGUUCUGCGAGGAAGGAGGAGCUAACCUUGGUCAAAUGUUAGCUGCUAAUGAAGGACUUCAAGUUCUAGAUCUGAGCUGGAACCACAUCCGUAUGAAGGGUGCUAUUGCUCUAAGUGCUGGACUGCAGGUCAAUGACACGCUUAAGGUGCUAAACCUGUCCUACAAUGGUUUUGGUAAUGAAGGAGCUCUGGCCCUGGGUGAAGCUUUAAAAGUGAACACAUCUCUUCAACACCUGGACAUCAGCUGUAACCGAAUUGGUAAUGAGGGAGUGAGGCUCCUCUGCAAAGGAUUGGACACCAACGAAACUCUCCGCGUGCUGAAGCUCUCCAGAAAUCCCCUCAGUGUAGAAGCAGCUCUCUUUCUUUUGACGUCCAUCACUAAGAAUCAAGAAAGCAAGGUGGAGGAACUGGACAUUUCUAAUGUGCUGGUAAACGCCCAAUUUCUCAGCCGCCUAGAGACAGCCUGUCGAUCCCGUCCUGAGCUCCAUAUAAUAUAUGCUGGGAAACAGGGAUUUACUGCAAGAAAAUUAGCGGCACGCCCAGACCCUAUGAAAGUCAUCCAGAACUACUUGGAUGAACGCAAGUUGCGGCUUAUUGACUUCUUCAAGAAGAUGGAUAAAGAUGGCAGCAUGAGGAUACCAAUCAGUGACUUCUGCCGGCAUAUCUCGCUUGCAGGACUUCCCUUGGACGGGGCACAAAUGGAAGCUUUGUUGCAGACACUGGAUAAGGAACAGACUGGGAGUGUAGAUUACAGGGACCUUGUUGAUUCACGGAAGAAAAUGGUGAAAGAGCAUCGUGAGAAAUUACGACGUAAAGAGAGAAGGGAGCGUCAGGAGAGACAGCGUAGUCAGCGGGCGCUGAGAUCCUUUCACAAUGCUGUAAGGGCUUUGACUCCUCCACCUGCGCCUAAGGUGGCAGCAGGAGGCAGUGCCAGCUCUGCCCAGCUAUCGGUUACAUCACUGAGCUCCUGGUACCAGGAAGGGGAAGCGAAGACUAACUCCAGUAUACUGUACAACCAAAGUGGGAUCUUUGAAGGAGCAAGGUCUACAGAGAGUCCAGAGAAUUACCGCUACUACAGCUCACAAGGCAGUAUGGGAUCUCCUUGCAUCUCAGGACCCCCAUCUUCACACUCUAUGACAAGGAAUGCAAGUCAACAAGACCUCUGACACAUUACAGGUCCUCUGUGGGUAUCAGCCUCAUAUCCUUGCUGGGUCACCCAGUAAUACCAAUACACAAGCGUAAGGUAAUA